CAUGGAAACGGUGAGAUUGUGACAUAUUUACACAGUAAUGAUGUCAUAAAGAGCAUACUGAAGUACAACUAAAGCAUCAGGAGCUGGCUCCUUAAUGCAAACUUCUGGCCAGGGCUUGCAAGACCAAUUUUUUUCUCCUGACGGGUGCCCUUUUGGCAAAGGUUGUACUCGUACGUGAAUAUGGUUUAAUGCUUUCUAAUGGCAACUCUCUGUCACGCACUGGAAACUGUGAGGCGAGAUUUAAAGCGAACUGACAGAGAAAUAAAAAGGCGUUUAAGGCUUCUAGACAUGAGUUGCUGCCCUAAAUUUUGCGACGUGCAGACCCACUGCUGCUGUGAUAUAAAUCUCCAUCCCUACUGUUGCUGCCUUCUCCAUCCGUACCCCCAUUGCCUGUGUGACAUACUAUGUUGCCGUCCCUGUCGGCCGCUCUGCCUCUCAACCUUGGAGCGGAAAGCUAUUAGAGCUAAAAUAGAAGCUGAGCAAGAACUGGCCAGGAUUCGAAGAAGGGUUUGUAAAAUGAUGGCAGCAUGUAGUCGUCCAAAGCUUUUAGCUUUAAUGGAUGUUAAAGGUUUUGAUCCAGAAGACAUUACAGUGAAAGUGCAAGAUGGGAAGGUUAAAGUUUGUGCUGAACAUGAAGAAGAAUUUAAGACUUGUAGAGGGAAGGAAUACAACUAUUCAACUGUCACCAAGGAGAUUUGUUUACCACCAGGGAUUUGUGAGAAUGAAGUAACGUACAGCAUAGGACCGACCAGUCUUGUGAGGAUAGAGUCACCUUGCUGUGUGCCUUCUUGUUGUUUGCCUCCUUGUUGUCCACCUUCUUGUUGUCCAUCUCCUUGUUGUCCAUCUCCUUGUUGUCCACCUUCUUGUUGUCUUAAACUUUAAUUUAAACACUGGGCAAGCAGCUCUGGUAGCUGUACAGUGUAAGGAUGGGACACCAUUCUGAUCUCAUGAAAACCGCCCUUUGCUCAUGUGUUAGGAAAUGUGUACACUUCUUCCAACAAUGACAAUGUUGCACAUCAA